CCUGAAUCCUGGUGCUAUUGAUUCACACCGAUGUCGGCACUCACGUAAGCAACAUGACACGCACGUGGACCGUUCGUCGAAUAGGCAGAGGCCGCUUUGUCUCUUGUCUGUGCGUCAGAAGUCCGCGUAACGGGGGAGUGCAUCGGCUAUCGAGGAUGAGGAACGCCGGUCGGCCCGUUUGGCCUCUUUCCUGGGGCCUUGUGAUCGAUGUUACCCAAUUCAAAGAGGCGAGAUCGCUGGGAGAGACGGAGACAAAAAUGAUUUACGAGCUUGCAGCUAUUUCUCGUUUUUGUCCGCGUUCGGCUUUCCAGCCUUGUUUUUAGCCACAGAUCCUCCGUUCUUUUUUUUUGGCUGGUUGUUGGCUUGUGUUGUCGACCGCAUCUGCCUCUACCCCUCCCAACCCGUGCGAAUGUCAUCCGCCACUUUUUUCCUCCGCCGCCGUGCCCCUGCCUUCUGUGGAGCGGCUGGCGACUGCCUGGCAUCAGCUCCAACAGGUGAAUACAUAUGAGUGUGCCCUCGUGUGGAUGAUUUGUAGGGGUAAGGGCAUGGUGCAUUUUGUUGCCAUGAGUGUGCUUAAAAUGGGUAGCUUUUGUGCGCUUGUCUGUUUCUCCCGCAGGAGGGCGCUUGACAAGCAGUACCAGCAGGUGCUUCAAGAAAUGCUCGGCCCCCCGUCUUUCCCCGGCGCAGACAGCCGAAAAAUACUCAGCAAUGCACUCAAGGUCAUCAAGCGACGACUCCCUUGACUUCGAGUGAGCAAUAAUCAGCAAGAUGAUGUAUGGGUAGCGUUUGUGCGCUUGUCUGUUUCUCCCGCAGGAAGCAGUUUGAUAGAGACUACCAGCAGGUGCUGCUUGAAACGCUUGGCGAGGGGGGACUUCGACGAUACCGUAGAGCGUACGAUGGCAUGAACAAGCAGCCGCCCCUCUCCAGCUGACACCAGCUGCAUGGCCAUUCACUUAAGGUCGUCGAGUGACGCUAGACUUCGAGUAAGCAAUCAGCAAGAUGACGCAUGUUUUGUGCGCUUGGCUGUUCCCCCCGCAUGAGGGCGCUUGACAA